AUGGCUAAAAAUAAGUCUCUCGAGCAUGGUUGCCUGGCGUGCAGCUUUGGAUUUGAUUUCAAGCGACGGGGCAACUUGACUCGAGUACGCGAUUCAGUCGUGGCGUACACUGUUGGAAAUCUCUUGACCUUGCGAGACGUGAAAACACAAAGGCAGACGUACCUGCGGAGCGCGGAGGGGGGCAAUAUCGGCUUGGUCGCCGUGGAUGGAGAUGGCACGCACAUUGCGAUCGGCGAGAAUGGUGCGGCGCCCCGAAUAUCAAUAUAUAGUUACCCUUCACUUGAGCUCGUAAACACGAUUCACGGCGGCGCCGCGGCGUGUUACUCGACUGGAAAAUUUUCUCCAGACGGACAGCUUCUCGCGAGCGUGAGUGGGCUCCCAGACUAUUGGCUCACUUUGUGGGACUGGAAGACAGCAAAGACAGUCCUUCGUGCCAAAGCGUAUGGACAAGAAGUGUUUGACUUAUCCUUCCUAGGCGCUAACUCGGAGCGAAUGAUCACUCACGGCGCUGGUCACAUUCAGUUUUGGCAGAUGGUCAAGACGUUUACUGGAUUGAAGUUACAAGGUACUCUUGGAAAGUUCAACGGCGAACCUCUGUCCAAUAUCACGUGCGUGUUGGAGUUACCCUUUAAUGAUAUGAUUUUGACGAGCACAGAGUAUGGCGCUCUACUAAUCUGGGUCGAUGGGCGCGUUCAGUACAAAAUAAUGCGAGCAAACGCGUCGAGCGACGAUGAAGACUGCCACGGCGGUUCGAUCGAGACGAUGAUUUAUAUCAACAACGGUUCAGUGAUUCUCACGGCGGGCGAUGAUGGGUGGGUUCGAGAAUGGAAUAUUGACGAGAUUCGUCGCGUCAUAUCGUCGCAAAGCAAAGGGGUGGUUUGUAUGAAACCCAUCUCAGAGCGCUCAAUCGAUGGAGCCAAUAUCCGCCACAUUUGCGCGCUUGAAAAUAAGUUAUUCAUUCAAGACAGCGGGCGAGGGUUAGUGUGUUCUUUGGACGAUGAUGAUAUGGAGCGUCCUGUUGUUUCUGCGCACAGUGGUGUCAUCACUGCAUGCGAGACUUCGCUGAACAGUACUCACUUGAUCACUUGCGACAAUAUCGGAGAAGUGCACUGCUAUGAUUAUUUAUCCCGUGCGUUUCUCUACAAAAGUCGGUUCAGCUGUUCGGCGACGGCACUUACUAACGUACCUUUGAAUGUCAAUGAAGAUGGGAGAUGUAUCGUCGUUGGAUUUGCCGAUGGUGUCGUUCGCGUUCUCGUGAGAAACACGUCCUCUUGGCGCUUGGCUCUCGCGCUCAAGCCACACGCGCAUGCCGUCGAGCAGUUCACAUGGAGUUCUGAUGGUGAGUAUUUGGCAAUCGCUGCUGCUAAUAAUACUGUGUUUAUUUUCAGUUCAUCUUCCUUCGCAUCGACGUUGCAAUUUGAGCCAAUUGGUUUCAUACGCCUGAGUGCUCGCCCGAAGAAGAUAUUUUGGGAUGGUGAAAGUAUUUUUGGUGCUCAAAUCGAGGACGAGAUGCACUGCUUUGCCGUCCAUCGUGACUUGGGUGAGUCUCGUAAAGAUUCGUACGAAAUCGAUGUCACUCCUCGUAUUACCACCGAUGUAGAAACCAAGAACGCCGUUGAUGAAUCUUUCAGCGCGAUAACGUAUGAUAAUUCUUACUGCGUUAAAAUCUGUAAAUCGGGAUCUUUUGAAGUACACGCGUUAAGCGAUGCUUCUCCAUCAAACACACACUCUUCAAUCGACGAGGCGCUGUGCAUCUAUCCAGAAGUCGAAGCGAUCGACACACUCUCCGCACAGUGCGCGUCCAUCGAAGAGGUACUGCAGCGAGAACGCGCGAAGGAAUUGAGCGAGGAAGAAGCGGCAGCACUUAUACGACUCUCGAGCUUGGUGGCGCUCUGUCGAGAUGAAUUCAAUGUCAUCAUUGAAGAAAAUGCAAAACUUCCUCGAGAGAUGCGAAUCUCUGGCGCAGAACUUCUCGUAGACGAUACACAAAUGCGCCGAAUUCGCGAGGAUUCAGUACACUGGUUAAAAGCGACUCACGACAAGCUUCAAAGCUCAGUUAUGUGUGCUGAAUCUGUCUCAAAUCAACUGCAAAAAAGUUAUUACGACAAAAUAAUGGCCCUUCCUCGUAUGAUUCAUUCAUCUAGCGAAGCUUUGACGUGCUCAUCUUUUGCGUUGCGCGCUGGAAGCGAGGGUGAUUGGCAGACAACUACGGUCGCAGAGGCGACAGUUCAUGAAUGCGAACAAGAGAUGCGUGUCGUUCAUGUGCAAAAUACUUGCAUAAGUGAAAAUGCGCACGAAAGACAGAGCAUCGAAGGCUCUGAAAUGAGUUCAGAGGCUCGACGGCGCUUCGAAAGAUUACGGAGGAACGAAGAGUUGAGAAAAUUGGAGAAGGCAGAGCCUUUGAAAGACCAAACAGACGACAGCGAAGCGUUGAAACGCGACAAUCUUGGCGAUGGGUUUCCAUUGCGUUGCGUUCCGGAUUCACGUGUACCACCUGAAGACAAAUUAACGACGGAGGGUAAACUUUCCGAAUUGAGAUAUGUCGAUGGUCAACUACGCGGCAACCAGAGCCGGUUCAAUCGAGAGUUUGAUUGCAUCGAUGCGAAGGACGCUGUCACCGAUGAAGAUCUUAUCUCGCUAUGCCAUCUAAAAGCAGAUAUCAUCGCGCGAAGUAAAGUCAUUGAACUUUUUCGUAUUGUAGUGCAUCGCGAGCUGAGCGUCAUGCCUGAAUAUGACGUGAAGAACACCGAAAUGCAAAAUGCUCAACGGCAAGCAAAGGAAGAGGUCGAAACCGCUCGUGCGGCGGUAGAAAAUGCCCAGACGGCCGUAAACGAUCAACAGACCAAAUUAGAGGGGCAGAACGGAGUAAAAGCGGAAAUCGAGGCGACAUUUGACAAAUUCAUGAUUCCAGGCGUCCCGCGAGCGGCAUUGCUCAAAGUUUUCCACAAACGCGUCGUCAAUAAAACCGAACAAAAGAGCGACAAAGGUGACUCCGAUUCCGACUUAGACUCUGAUUUUGACGAUGAUUCGUACUAUUCGUCGUCAGACGAAGAAAAUGGCGACACUUGCCCAAAAGGUUGCGACAGUGCUGUCUACGAGCGCGUGUGCGAUCUUCGUUUGCAAAGAAUCGAAGCCAUGGACGCAAUAACUGAAAUACAACGGGCAUUGGAUGGGAAGAAAAAGAUUCACGAUGCCGCACUGAAAAAGUUGCGAAGUUUGGAGGAAAACGUACGGGUACUCGAGAGAGAUGCGGAUGCUUUUGAGAAGGUAAAGCAGCAAAGUUUGAACGGGCUCAGGACUGCAUUCGUGUUGCCGGUGAGCUGCGUCGAGACGAGUCAAGGCGACAUGGACGACAUGAUUAUUUUCUCCAAGACUCGCUUAGCAGAACUUGAGAAUAAAGUCGUAGAGUGGGAUGCAGAAGUCUUAAAAUUGAAACGUCAGCAGCAGGAGUUAAAGCGAGAGCACUCCUCGCUCAUCGCGCAACGUUCCGCUAAGGCGAAAGAAUUUCAGAGUCUGCAACGCAAAUACUCUGAGACUCAGAUCCGAAAGUUUGGAAAGCUCAUCGUUCUGGAAGAUUUAGACAAGGUUGUGAAUAAUGGUCAAGGCACAGAAGAUUUACGCGACAAGCUCAAGGUACAAGAGCUGGAGAAUGCGCGUGAGCUGCGAGAGAUUAAAAAAGACAUCUCAAAUGUUGAAAGAGAAGUGUUGAAUCUCACGGAAGCGCAUACCACGUGUCUCAAUGAACUUCUCGCGCUGCGCUCAGUCAAAGUCUAA